GGAGAGCUGUCAUCGCCUGGGUCAGUUGGUAACAGGCCUUCAGCCUGUGUGUAUGUUAUUGGAAAGUUUAUUUCCGUAGUGCGGGGUAUACACGAUUUUUCCCCAGUUUUAUUUUUUUUGCGCCUUGUUCGACAAAGGAAAUUAGUAACAGCGAGAGUUGAUUGUUCGGUGAUUCGAGAGGGAUAUUUGCGAGAGAGUUGAAAAGUGCUUUGACAACUAAAACCAUCAUGGAACCCUAUCAAAUCAUUUGACCCUUAGGAUUGACUCCAGGAUCCGUGGAUUGUGCUAUAUUGACUUGUACUUUCGAUCGUUUCCAGACUGGUUUGAUUCAUACGUUCGUUUUGAGAACAGGUCAGGGCUUGGGAAUGAGGGAGUGAGACAGCUGUCAUGAUACACGAGGAUAGAACAAGAUUAAAUUGUGCAACAAUGAUCAACAUCGUCGAGUAGUAUGUUGUCAUUGAUAUCGCUUUGUUUUGAUUCUAAGGCAUUCGGCAGCUUUUCUUUUUUCUUAUUUUUUGACGUGACUUUACCGUGUCUAUCGUGUCUAUUAUUGUCAGUAGUGCUUGUGAAUAUUGCAUUAUACUUUACCUUGUAAAUAUGUCACCAAUCGUCUUUGUUAUUCAGAUAUUCAGUUUUUAAUAAAAUUUCAAAAAAAUUUCUUAACGACUUUAAUAUUUCCCUUUAAAUAAAUUCAAUUUUUUUUUAGAAUAACAAAUUUUCACUAUAUUUUUCUUAAUUCCAAAGAGCCUUAAAGUCGAUAAUUGCUAAUUAAAAAGUUGCCCCUGUAUGUAUGCAAUUAUGUUCAUACGUCCGCUAAAUUUUGUUCGGAAAGGACGCAAAAAUUUUUUAAAUGACGGAAAAUUUACAGCAGUAUAAAAGAAAUGUACUGCCCAGGCACAACAACAGGCAGCCAAGCCACUUCUUGUGGAUUUGGCAGUCGUGGAGGUGCUGUUAGCUUAAUCCGAGCUCUUGGAGUCCUUGUGUGUGAAGGAAGAAUCCAGGGCCCUCCUCGUGGAUACAAAGAGGGUCCACAUUGUGCAGCCCCUAUGCAAAUUACUCCCAAUGAUCAUGUCUGUGAAAAAGAAAACUACUUGUGUGAACGAUAUGAAAUAUUAAUCAAGGAAAUCGAAGAUAGAAUAACAAUCGGUGUAUUUUUGUGCGUGGAGGUAUUAUUAUGCAGCGAUUGUCCUUGUGGACUAUUGAAGACUACUAGCAAAAAUCCACUACUAUCAGUUAAUUCUAAAUCACCAUGGCAAUGUUCGUCGGAAGUUCUUCUCGAGUAUUGGUGCAUAGGAACAACCAGCAGCAAUACUCAAGAGACGAUGAAUUCGCAAGGUUUAUAUCAAGCUGUCCGUUCACGGCUGCACUUCAGUCAGGUGGCUGCAUGGUGGUCACGAAGUAAUGGUUCCAAUCCAGUCUACGUUGCUACCAGGGUUGUCCCAUACUACGAAGAUCACCUGAGGAAAUUUCGAGAACACCCAGUAGAACAUACUUUUCCGUUAGCAAGUAGUGGGGAUGGAAAUUCUAUCAAAGUCACUGUUUGGGCAUUGCCACGCAUGGAAGAUGUUCCUGUUCUAAUUUGCCCGCUUCAUCCAACGAAAGAAACUGAGGAUGACGUAGCUCGAGCACUGACACCGACAAAAAUUAUUCCAAUUCCUUCCAUCUCUCACACACCUGAUGUUUUGGUUUUGCCCGCUCUUUUGGACGACAGGCUACAAACGCCAUGCGACAAAUCUGGAAAGCAUGACUGUCGAUGUGAGGAAGAAGACGGCGGCCCACCUUCACCUUCUGUGCGGCCGAAUAGUGAGAGGAAGAGACGCAGGUCACUACCCUGCGGUCCUUCGGAGACAUCCGUCUCGUGUAUAGCAGUUCAUCCGUCCUGUUUGACAUCAGUUCAAGAAACUACAACGAGAGAAUUUAAUGAUCAUCUUUGCAAAUUUAAUUAUGGAAAUACAAAGCUAAAGCCAGAGGUACAAAAUGUUGCAGCUGAAGAGAACCCUCAGAAAAGCAGUAGCUCCAGUUUUGAUAAUUUAGAGCAUAUUUUUGAAACAUUCAGCAUUGAUGAACAAAAUUGGAACGUCGAAAAGAGAUACAAAUAUGCCAUUGAUAAUCCUGAUCAAUUAAAGGUGAGAACCUUCGGCCGUCAACUUGGAGAGUUUCACAAAAAUGAAACAGGCCAAGAAGCUGAUAAUGGCUUUUUAGGAAAGGACGAAUCACCUAUUACACAAGUGCCUUCGGAAUCUCUGUUUUUAGAUGCAUCUGAUGAGCAACGCAGUUCUUUAAACACCAAGAAUAAAAAUAGUUUGGAAAAUAUCCAUGGACAAAUAAAAACCAUUAACAACAAUUCAACAAAAAAGAUGUCACCAUUGCCUAAGGAAACAAAUCUUGUGAUCAAUCCAUUUUAUAGUUUAUUCUAUGAAACAAAUCCUGGUUCUUCAACGCACGUCAAUUCCUAUCAAGUCCCCUAUUCUGUAAACCCUCUAACAUGCACAGUUCACAAAACUCGCAGUAAAAGUAAACUUCCGAGUACAAAUAAUGAUCCCAAUAAUCCAAGUGGAAAAGAAUUAUCUCAAUUGAUGGCUAAUUUAUCCUUUCCCGAGGACAAAAACAAAGGGAAGGAGGAAGGGAUUCUCGAUUGGAUCAGCAAAGUUCCAGGUCGAGUCCUCGGCGUUGUACCCAACAAUAAUUUCGAAGAUAAAUCAAAAGUUGUCCACAAUCAAGACACUAGCAGUGAUGUGAGAGUUAAGAAUCUGGAACUCAGUCAGCGUGAGUUUAAUGAAGUUUUGGCUGUUCUGAGAGCGCGCACUCCCUGCGGAAAGAGAAGAACUCCGGUGAAAAAUUUGAAGAAGAAGGAAAAAGUCGAGAGACCUGAAAAACAAAGUUCGCAGUCAUCAACAAGUUCAGAGUUUGCACCAACGCAUGAAUCGAAUAAUUCUUGUGAAGAGCUUGUGUUUAAUUCAAAACAUCGUUGUUCUCGAGAGGAUUUCGAGCACAGAAGCGGUAAACAUCUGAGACUUCAGAAUUUGGAGGAACAAUCAAAAUCGGACCUGGUCGACAGUGUGGUCAAUAAAGCUGAUGUCCUGCUGGGUGCAAUCUUGAGGACCAGCAAAGAUCGAAAGAGCCUGGCGGACAUUUCCAAUGGGGCGAGACCGAAGAACCCAUCGAGCGAAGGCACCGAGAAGAACAUGAAAGCAAAACUAGAAGAUGGAAAAUCGUUACCCUCAGCUUUGAACAAGAGACUGAUUCAAAUUAGACAACUAUUCAAAAGAGAGGAGAGGCCGGAUCUUCUAACGCUGGAAGAUCAUUCCAAAGAGAGUUUGAAUUCAGUGGAAGAUGAGAGAAAGGAGAGGAAUCAUUCGAAGAAAAGAGUUUUAACUUCUAGUGACAAAGGCAUCAUACAGGAGUUUGUUGAUUCUUUAGGGACCAGUUUAGUUAGCACGCACAAUUCUCAAUUAUAUAGUACAAAUCACGCAGAGGAGGAUCUUAAGGGCAAUGCGCAUAACUUAUCAAACAGAUGUUUUAAGAAAAUUAAAGAAUGUCAAAAGAGUACAAAGUCUAAUGGAAGUGAAAAGCAGGAGAAUGAGGAAGAAAAAGUCAUUUGCAGACAAGAUCGACAGAAGCAAGUUGGUCUUCUCACGACAGAACACACUGAUUAUAAUAUGUCUUCCAAAUCGAGGAUUAAUGACAACAAUAAUGUGGAUGAGGAUGAAACGUUUGAGAAGAUGAUGGUUCCUUCCGCUUUGGAGCAAGAGAGAUUCAGAAGAUCUUUGGAAAAUGCAGCGUCAAUGGUUUUUCACAGUAGGACAGGUUUACCGCUUACAUCGAGUCCAGCACCUCUGAGAAAAGGAAGCUGCUGCUUUGAUUUUGACAGCAGUUUGAAUUCCGUUUCGUCUAAGCGAAGUGCACUUUUCGAAUUAAAUACACCACCAAGUCCUGGGGCAGUUUCUUUAGAAGAGACUGACAGGGAAACAGAAAAUACGUGCGACGGCGAGAAGACUGAGAGACGGCGCUCCACUUCUCGCAAUAGACCGCAAAGUCAUGCUCUGCUGGGGAAUUUUGAAGAGUCAGCGUUGAACGGUAGAUUGGAACCUGUAUCGACUGUCCAUGGAUUUACUGCCGAAUUAGGAGCAAGUGGUUCAUUUUGCCCUAAACACAGAAAACUUCCUGUUACUGUAUUCUUCUAUACGCUUGGAGACAAUGAUAAAGUCUCCACACCUUAUCUUGCUCAUAUUAAUUUAGGCAAAAAAGGUUACCAAGUUCCAAGAAGCGGAACUGUACAAGUGACUUUGUUGAAUCCCUUGGGUACUGUUGUUAAAAUGUUUGUAGUACUCUAUGAUCUUUCGGACAUGCCUCCACGAUCUCAUACUUUUUUACGUCAAAGGACUUUGCGAGAUAAGACACUACGCUACCUCAUUCAUCUUAGAUUUAUGUCUGGAAAAUCAGGUCGGAUUUAUUUACACACAGACAUUCGAAUGAUAAUUUGUCGAAGAGCUGAUGUGGAUACAGCUUCAGACUUCAGUUCAGAGCCACCACAGGAAGUAAGGAGUUACAAUCACGGACCUACGCAUCCAAAAUUUUCACCAAGGUGCUGAGCCUCGUGGCUCCUCUCAUGGAGUUGUUGUUAAUCAGUCCUUGAUUGUAUUGUUUACUCUACAUCAAAGCAAACUAUGAAUAUACUUCUGAGAAAGGAAAACUUCAAAACUUGCAACUGAAUUAGAAAAGGGAAAAAUAAUUUGCAAUUCUUUCAUUAAAAAAAUUUAUUGAAAGAAUUUCAUAGUCUCUAAUUCAUUGAAAACGCCCCUUGAAAAAGGCUCUCUCUUCAGUUUUCUUUAAAAGUUUAAUAAUAAUUAAUAAUAUUAAUCGUUUAAAAAAUUUAUUUUCACAUUUUUAUUUAUAUAGAGAAUUUAUUUGAAUUUAUUUGAAUUUAUUAAAACCUAUUGUGAUUGAUUUGCCCAAAAAAAAAAAAGAAUAAAAAUGUGUUAAAUUAUUUAGUAGAAAAAGCAAAUCUUUGUCGUGGCAAUUUAUUUCGUUUGUCAAUUUAAAAAAGAAUUGUCGACAUAUCUGUGUAACAAGAAGGGAAAAAUGAAAGGAAAAUGAAAGGAAAUUAAAUAGACAAACAAUAAAAACAAUACUAUUUUUCUAUUGUGACAGUUGGCAGCUCUUUGACUUGAGCUCAAUUGAAAAUUGCUUCGAAAAUACGGCAAUUCAUAAAAAAAGCAAAUCGAUGUUUUAUUGUGUAAUGUUUAAAUUCAGAUGGCAAAAAGUGUCUUUAAUAGGCUCACAAAACUUGUUAGAAAAGAAAUUGGAGGAUCUCCUUGUAAACGCCAUUCUCUCAAUUGAUCGUUGUAAAUAUAGAUGUAAUAAAAAGCCAAGUAAAAAUAUUUAUAUGGGAUGAUACUGCCUGCGCCAGCAUUAUAACGAAACAAGUGAUAUUAAAGGAGAAAAAUAAAAUUUGAGGGUCAAUAGCCACUCGUUACACAAACGUAUAUUAAAUAUGUAUAUAUUAUAUAAUAUGUCUAUUUAUACACGUAUUAUAUAACUUAUAUUUCGAUGCAAUUUAACUUCAUUCUAUUUUUGCCAUUACACGCUACUUGCCUAAUUGUCAAGUUAAUUACUUAUAUUGAAGAAGGUAUAUAUAAUAUAUAAUUGGGAAGAUCAAUUCACUAAUUAAUUGAUUCCCCCCCCCCCAAGUAAAAGUCGAUAAUUUUUUGAAAACCAGAGUAAAGUGUAAUUUCGAUUUUUCUCCUAUGAAAAGAAAAUUAUAAAAAUUUUAAACUUGUAUGAAAAGAACACAUUUUUGUGUCCGUAGCACUGUGAUGAAUAUAAUGAUAGGUACGUAGAGAGUAAUUGUUAUAAAAUUAAACUAUUUACAUAGUCGAUAUAUUCUAGAGUAAAUUAAAUGUAGGUACUACACAUUAGUACCUUGGAAAAAAUUUCAAUUAAGAAUGCCGAUUUGUAAAAUCACUAUUUUUCAUCCUCAAAGUGAUUUGAAAAUUUUUUCUGAUCAAUGAGAGAGAUUAAUGUUAAAAUCAAAAAAUUAAAUCGUUGUUUUGUCAGUUGUGUUAAAAAGGGAAAUUUAAUAUUGAUUUUAAAAAUUGGAAAAUUUAUUUUGUGCGGAAAAAACGCAUUGUCUCUACUUUUAAUUUCGAUCCUAUAAUUUAAAAUAAUUUUUUUGUCAAUUUAAAAUUUCGAAGUUAAUUUUUAACAUUUUUAUGUAAAAUCUUCAGUUGUAAAAGUUAAUUGUUCUUCUAUUUCAAUGGAGAUACGUACGUUUUUGUCAAAAUGAGUAAUGUGAUCAAAUUUAAUUUUUAAUAUGAAAUUUAAUUUAUUUUUUUAAUCCGAUUAUCUGAUUGCAUUAUUUGUAAGGGAAUCUGAAAGAUUCUUUGUGCAAAGAAAAACAGCAAAAAAAAAAGUGUUGAAUAGUAAAAGAGGUAAAGCAAACAUUGUGAUUUUCGAUAUAAAGCCCAAUUGGGCGUUAUUUCGUCAAACUUCUUAUCGUUAGAUUUUAUUGAUGGUAAGAAAUAGUAGAAUAAUCACUGCCGUGCUGUAUAUACUUUAUAGCAUAGGUAAAAAUUUAAAUUAAUUAGAAGAUAUUACGACAAAUUUUUUCUGAACGCUUGGUUACACACAAUUUUAAUGUUCUUCAAAAAAAAUUUAUUCCUUCACAUGUAUAUAUAUAAAUAAAAAAAAGAAUUGUUUAUAUUUUGUGACUCAUCGAAAAUUCCCAUUAACUUUCUUUUCAUCAAUAAUUAUAAAAAAAAGAAAAAAUGAAAAAUUUCUUUUGUGGCAACACUUUUGUUAUUUUUAUUUUAUUUAAUGGGAAUAUUUAAUGAUUACAAAAUCGAUGGAGAAUUAUAAAUUGUGAAAGUCUUUAUAAGACUGUCGAAAAAAAAGUUUUAUUUUAAAUAGAAGAAUUUUUUGUUAUCUCCACACGCAUAUUGUGUUACGUUCUAGUAAAAUUUCACUUGAAGCAAAUAUAUUUCCAAACAUUUACCAAAAUGUGAAUUUUAUUUUUAGAUAUGCGACAAAUUUUUGAAACUACAUAAUCAAAUUUAUUUUAGAAUUAUUUAUUUUUAUUAUAAAAAGUUAUUUUAGUGUGAAUGUUUUAAUUGUUUCAAGAAUU